CUGCUCCUCCUGGGCGCGGGGCUGAGGGGAGGGGUUGUCUCAAAAGUCUGUCCUUCCCUCUGUAGGGUGGCUGGUGAGUCCACGCGCGAGCGGCGGGUGAUAGGGACAGGGGAAGAAGAUACAAAGUUCCCGAGGCUCCCUCUCGUGCCGCUGUCUUUUUUGCCGUACCCUUCCUCGCGUUGGCAAUGGCUUCCAAACUCCUUCGCGCGGUCAUCCUUGGGCCACCCGGCUCGGGCAAGGGCACCGUGUGCCAGAGGAUCGCCCAGAACUUCGGCCUCCAGCAUCUCUCCAGCGGCCACUUCUUGCGGGAAAACAUCAAGGCAAACACGGAAGUUGGUGAUCUUGCAAAGCAGUACAUAGGGAAAGGUCUUUUGGUUCCAGAUCAUGUGAUCACACGUCUAAUGAUGUUGGAGCUGGAGAAUAGGCGCAGCCAGCACUGGCUUCUAGAUGGUUUUCCUAGGACUUUAGUACAGGCUGAAGCCCUGGACGGAAUCUGUGAGCUGGAUCUAGUGGUCACUUUGAAUAUCCCCUUUGAAACACUCAAAGAUCGUCUCAGCCGACGUUGGAUUCACCCUCCUAGUGGAAGAGUAUAUAACCUGGACUUCAAUCCACCUCAUGUACAUGGGAUUGAUGAUAUCACUGGUGAACCAUUAGUCCAGCAGGAAGAUGAUAAACCUGAAGCAGUUGCUGCCAGGCUAAGACAGUAUAAGGAUGUGGCAAAGCCAGUCAUUGACCUAUACAAGAGUCGAGGAGUGCUCCACCAGUUUUCUGGGACAGAGACGAAUAAAAUCUGGCCCUACGUUUACACACUUUUCUCAAACAAGAUCACACCUAUUGAGUCCAAAGAAGCCUACUGAGCUUGCCCAAUGGAAGAACCAGGA